AGACGAUCUGAGCUGCUCUCUGAUUGGUGCUCAGGUCUUCAGCAGGACUUCAAAGCCGCAGAGGAGCUACAACUACUGAAGCAGUCAGAGAGGAAACGCACACUGAUCACAUCCAGCCACACAGACGCACACGCACUGUCAGCCACACAUCACUGCUCAGUCCAUGGCUGCUACAGUGCUGGGGGAGGAACCGCGGCUGGGCAGCACCCCGCUGGCCAUGCUGGCUGCCACCUGCAGCAGAAUCGGUGAACCCAGCCCCUCUUGCUCCCCCGCUCUCUCCGACGGAGCUCCGGGUCUGAUCAAAGGUUUCCACCCGUGGAAGAGGAGCGCUCAGGGCACCAGCAGCCUGAGUACCUGUCUCACCUCGUUCGGGGUUGCCAGGAGUGGCGGGACCGGACUGACGGAGGCCUCGAGUGCUUUCUCGGUGACAGCUGCCAACUCUCCUUUAGGAAAUGAUUUUUCCAUGUACCACACAGCCGUGGCAUCAGACAACAGUCUUCCCGAUUCCACGCACACACAGCGGCCUGUGUUUCUGACCAAAUUCCCCUCCUCGGUGGAGGGCAUAACGGGGAUAUAUCCGAGGAUGCACGGGCAUCCCUAUGAUUCAUGGUUCAAGCCCGUUGGGGAGGUCGGGAACGGGUCUCCUGCUUGGUGGGACAUGAGCACCAGCUGGGUGGACACACAGAGCCCGGCCGGGCUGCCGUCUCCUCUGAGCAGCUACAGCAACGACUACAGCACCGCCUUCAGCCCCGGUGCCUCUCAGCACCUGCUCCCCGCGACGCAGCACCUGUUUGACGGCUUCAGGCCACCUGUCCCGACUCCCUACACAGAGUCCACGACCACGGCGGCACCUACGUUGACGGGGACUUCAGUCGUUUCUCUGCCCGCAUCUUCACGCUCCUCCUCGCGGCGCUUCUCCGGUAGAGCCACCUGCGACUGUCCGAACUGCCAGGAGGCGGAGAGCCUCGGUCAGGGAGGCACCAGUCCCCGGCGGAGGGGCUUGCACAGCUGCCACAUCCCGGGUUGCGGCAAAGUUUACGGUAAAACCUCUCACCUGAAGGCCCACCUGCGCUGGCACACCGGGGACAGACCGUUUGUCUGCAACUGGCUCUUCUGCGGGAAACGCUUUACGCGCUCCGACGAGCUGCAGCGGCACUUGCGCACUCACACAGGGGAGAAGCGCUUCGAGUGCUCCAUCUGCCACAAACGGUUCAUGCGCUCCGACCACCUCAGCAAACACGUGAGGACGCACAGCGCGGACGGAGCAGAGGACGGCGGGGAACCGGGACUCUGUAACGGAAACAGCGACUCGGACAACAGCGUCUCCGGCAGCCCGAGCCAGUCUCCCUGACUGAGACCGAGCACCGAUGCACCGAGAGCCGUGGAAUAGUUUCCAAAGCGAACAAAGCAACACGUGGGCAUUUGAUUACACUGUACCAGCCUGAGUAUGUUUUCUUGGACACUUACAAACUGAAAUGGCACUUUAUGGUUGACACUGUUUCCUUACCUCAUCUGUUAUUUCUUAAAAUAUAUAUUUUCUCUGCAGUUUAUCAAAACUUGUGUUCUUUAAAGACAUAUUAUAUACUCCUAAUUUAUUCAGUAAACAUUCUUUUUUUAAAAAAAACAACAACAAGUAGCCUUACACAACUCUCGUUAUUUCUUGACAGCAUCACAUAAAUGAUGCAUUUAAUGUUAUGUUGUUAUCUUGAAAUAUGUUUGGUUGGAAGAAUAAAUUGUUAUAAUUUAUUGAUGCUUGUAAAUUUUUGUCAUACCUGCUAUCAAUAAAACAGGACCGUUUUGGAUUUUCUUA